AGAUUUUAUUUUAUUUAUUUUUUGACAGCUGACAUUUAUUUUGGCUAAGUGACAGACGUCAAAACAUUCUUAUCAAUUAUUGCAACUUUUAACCAAAAAUAUGCUUACAAAUUUUAAAAAUAUGUAAAAUACCAUUAUAAUGCAUCCUAAAACACCUAAAAAACAUUUAAGUUUUACAUGCGAUGCCUGUUUUUAUCCAAGUCAAACAGAAUGAAGUAAUGUCUAAUAACGCGUACUCGGAAACUUCAAAGAAGGUUGAAUGGAAAAAGUGUGAUUCAUCAUCGACACUGUCAAAUUCCAAUGGGGAUAUUUGCCGCAUAUGCCACUGUGAGGCUGAUUUGGACAACCCCUUGUUGUCACCCUGCUAUUGCUCAGGAAGUCUUAAAUAUGUGCACCAGUCUUGUCUUCGACAAUGGCUGGCAGCCUCUGACACUCGAUCAUGUGAAUUAUGUAAAUUUAACUUUAUUCUACAUACAAAAAUUAAACCACUCUCAGAGUGGAGAAUAUUGGAAAUGAGUAGUUUGGAAAGAAGGCGACUUCUGUGUGCUAUUUUGUUUCAUUUUGUUGCUGCAGUUUGUGUGGUGUGGUCCUUAUUUGUUUUAAUUGAUAGAGCUGCAGAAGAAGUACAAAAAGGCUUAAUUGCAUGGCCUUUUUGGACAAAACUUGUGGUUGUGGCUGUGGGAUUUACCGGCGGAGCCGUUUUUAUGUUUAUACAGUGCCGACAGUACUUACAUUUAUUUUCCAGAUGGAAAGCGCACAAUAGAAUAAUACUGGUACAGAAUGCUCCAGAAAAACAGUCAGCUCCGUCUCCAAAUUUCGCUUACAGUUGUUCCGACCCAAGGCAGCAGAUGGCGCCCCACGUGGUUUCAAUAGUGGAAUGCGGCAUGCCGUCCUCAAUUACGACCUCGCGCAAUGACUUACAGCUUUGCUACGUUUUCGAAAACGAGUCUGAGGUAAAAAGAAAAAAACAUCUGGACCGCAGUAGCUCCUCAAUCCAAAAAGCCGACGUUCAUGUCGAAGACCUGUGUGAUACUCCUCAACAUUACUCUGUUGAAAAUUUAAAUGUAGAUUUUAAAGAAUCUAAUAUCCUAGCUUUAGAUAUUGAGUGCCCUUCUAACACUAUUAAGAAAUAUUCUCUUCAAAAUACUUCAAAGACUGAUAUAGUUAAAAAUAAAAGCUGUGUUUUUAAAUCAUUGCCUAAUUUAAGUACCAGUAGUGAGAAUUUGCUUUUGUAAUUUUAGCCUGUACAUUUUAUUGUAAAUUAUGUAAUAAACUAUUAUUUAUUAACCU